UGUACAACAGAUUUCUGUAGACCAUGUAGAAGUAACAUGAUACAGAAACCAAACCUCAGCUCAGCCUAUGACUUAGUUGCAGAAGAGUCAGAGGGAUUGUUGUACCUUUUGGAUUAUGCAUUUUAGGCUGACUGUAUGUAAUUUGUCUUGUGACUGCUAAGGAUUUGGUGGAUUCUGCUAUUUUUGUUUAAACUAUUUUCAAGUUUGACAUGAAGGGUGAUGGAGGUGCUAUGUGGAACCUAAUGUGGAAGUACUGUAUUUCAGUCAGGACCAUAAGUGUUGAGGGUGAAGUUCCUGGCAGUGAAACUGGCACACCGUUAGACAGCACCUCUAGCUAUCACCAUGGCGCAUUAACACACGGAUCGUCAAUAAGUCCAGACCAGUACGAGAACCCGUCUUACGGUAUUUAUUCUGUAUCCCCUGGUCAGCGAUCACGGAGGCCUAAACUGCAGCACUCUACGUCCAUCCUGCGGAAGCAAGCGGAGGAAGAAGCCAUUAAAAGGUCGCGCUCACUUUCCGAAAGUUAUGAAUUGUCUUCAGAUCUACAGGACAAGCAGGUGGAAAUGCUGGAACGCAAAUAUGGAGGACGUCUCAUAACCAGACAUGCGGCACGCACUAUACAAACAGCUUUCCGACAAUAUCAGAUGAACAAGAACUUUGAGAGGCUUAGAAGUUCCAUGUCUGAAAAUCGGAUGUCAAGGCGUAUUGUGUUAUCCAAUAUGAGAAUGCAGUUUUCUUUUGAAGGGCCUGAGAAAGUCCAUAGCUCUUACUUUGAAGGUAAACAAAUGUCCCUGAGUAAUGAUGGGACAAAACUCGGACGCAUGGUCCAGUCUGAAUGUGGAGAUCUUAGUGAACAAACCUCAAUGAAAUCGCCAGCAGCAUCCAGUGAUUUUGCAGAUGCUAUAACAGAACUGGAAGAUGCUUUCUCACGACAGGUUAAAUCUCUUGCUGAAUCAAUAGAUGAUGCAUUAAACUGUAGAAGUCUUCAUUCAGAUGAUGUGCAGUCAUCAGAUCAAAUCAGAAGUCGUGAAAUAGAACGGAAUAGUUCAAGCCAGAUUAAGCCAGCACAUAAUCUUGAUCACAGAAAACUUGAUGAAAUGACUGCAUCUUAUAGUGAUGUCACUUUGUAUAUUGACGAGGAAGAACUUUCUCCUCCUCUUCCUCUUUCACAGUCUGUGGAUAGACCAUCCAGUACAGAAUCUGACUUGAGACUUAGAUCAAUGAACUCCUCUCAAGAGUAUUGGUCCAUGACCCACAAGGACGAUAAGUUGGAUACUGAUACUAGCUGUAGAAGUACUCCGUCCCUGGAAUGCCAGGAUCACCGGUCAAGGAUAGAGCAUCUACCCUUACUUACAAUAGAACCUCCUAGUGACAGUUCAGUGGACUUAAGUGAUCGUUCUGAAAGAGGGUCACUAAAAAGACAAAAUGUAUAUGAACGAGCGAUUCAUAGUCAACAAGGAAGUCCAAAACAUAUCACCCAUGUCCCUACUAAAAUUAUAACCCGUGAUGAAGAACAAUCUCGCCAUAGACCAAAACAUAUAGAUGCACAGCUGAUCAUUAAUGGCACUGUAAACCGACAAAGUAAAUCUGAAUCAGAUUACUCAGAUGGUGACAAUGACAGCAUCAAUAGCACUUCCAAUUCUAAUGACACAAUAAACUGUAGUUCUGAGUCCUCAAGGGACAGCUUAAGAGAACAAACAUUAAGCAAGCAAACAUAUCACAAAGAAACUCGUAACAGUUGGGAUUCACCUGCAUUUAGCAAUGAUGUAAUCAGAAAGCGCCAUUACCGGAUUGGCCUGAAUCUUUUCAAUAAAAAACCUGAAAAAGGAAUUCAGUAUCUGAUUGAAAGAGGGUUUGUACCAGAUACUCCAGUCGGUGUCGCACAUUUUCUCUUACAGAGAAAAGGACUCAGCAGACAGAUGAUUGGAGAAUUUCUUGGCAACCGGCAGAAACAGUUCAAUAGAGAUGUACUUGACUGUGUGGUGGAUGAAAUGGAUUUUUCAGCAAUGGAACUAGAUGAAGCACUCAGGAAAUUUCAAGCUCAUAUCCGAGUCCAAGGAGAGGCACAGAAAGUAGAACGGCUAAUUGAAGCUUUUAGCCAGCGAUAUUGCAUCUGUAACCCAGGUGUCGUCAGACAGUUUCGGAAUCCUGAUACCAUUUUUAUUUUAGCUUUUGCGAUCAUACUACUUAACACAGAUAUGUACAGUCCAAAUGUGAAACCGGAACGCAAGAUGAAAUUAGAAGAUUUUGUUAAAAAUUUAAGAGGUGUGGACGACGGAGAAGACAUCCCACGAGAAAUGCUUGUAGGGAUUUAUGAGCGAAUUCGCAAACGGGAACUCAAGACGAAUGAAGAUCAUGUCUCUCAAGUACAGAAGGUUGAGAAACUUAUAGUAGGCAAGAAACCGAUCGGAUCACUACAUCAUGGACUUGGUUGUGUGCUUUCAUUACCACACCGGAGACUUGUCUGCUACUGUCGACUCUUUGAAGUCCCAGAUCCAAACAAACCCCAGAAACUUGGUUUACAUCAGAGAGAAAUCUUGUUUAAUGACUUGCUUGUGGUAACAAAAAUAUUCCAGAAGAAGAAGAAUUCUGUCACUUACAGUUUCAGGCAGUCGUUUUCUCUGUAUGGGAUGCAGGUUCUUCUAUUUGAAAACCAAUAUUAUCCUAAUGGCAUUCGGCUGACUUCAGCCAUCCCAGGAGCGGACAUCAAAGUGCUCAUAAACUUCAAUGCACCAAACCCUCAAGACCGCAAGAAGUUUACAGAUGAUUUGAGGGAGUCGAUUGCAGAAGUACAAGAAAGAAAGUACAGAAUAGAGUCUGAGUUAGAGAAACAGAAAGGAGUGGUGCGUCCUAUGUCACAGUGCUCGAGCCUAAAGAAAGAGUCUGGAAAUGGUACAUUGAGCAGGACCUGUCUAGAUGACAGCUAUGCCACCAGCGAGGGUCUAAAAAGAAGCGCCCUCAGUAAGUUCCCUUAGGGAUCUCUCUCUGAAGCAGGCAAGCGUGGGAGACGCAGCAGUGCAGGAUCGCUAGACAGCAAUAUGGAAGGGUCCAUCAUUAGCAGUCCUCAUAUGCGACGACGAGCCACAUCUACUCGAGAGUGUCCAUCUCGACAGAGUAUACCUAACUCUUCCUCCCUCUUAGGUUCUUUGUUUGGUGGGAAAAGGGGGAAACCGUCUUCUCAAGGCCAUUUAGUACCUGGCCCAUCGCAACCGCAACAUCCUACAUUAAUUUCACACUCAACGGGUCAUCAUGCAGUACAAGCUGAAGGGCAAACACAGGCACAAGUUCAUGCACAACACUUACAGUAUGUCCACAUUCAGCAAAAUCCACCCCCUUACCAUCAUCAUCAUCAUUAUCAUCCACCCCAGCACCUUCAACAGCACCCGCACCAGUAUCACCAACAUGGACAGCAUUCUCAACAUGCCUCUCACUCUCAACAUGCGUCCUAUGUCCAACAUCCACACUCAACGCACCCACCAUUGGCACCUACUCACUCUGGGCACUCCACACAUUCCCAGCAUGCACAGCACCAUCACUCUCAGCAAGCUUCUGCCACGUCAUCAAGCACGAAGCCCAAACACAGUGGGAUUAGCACAAUAGUCUAGGUCUUUAGUUUUAAAACAGCUUCUGUCAGAUUUGGAAGUUGUCUAGUUGCUUAUGGUGAAAACAUACAUUUUAUCUCACUGAUUUUUGGAAGUUUACAUUGUUUUCAUAAAAAAAAAUGUAACCCUUUUAAAUAAACCUAAUUAAAAGGCAAAGUAAAGUCCUAAACUUUCAUGAUUUAGAUAAGAGUUUUCCAUUUAUAAAAAGCCUUUUCAAUGUACUUGUAUUAUCAAAUUUGCUGAUGUGGAAACCUAGAUAGGUUCAUAGGAGCUCAAAAGUGUGAACGUGUCUUUAGCACUCUAUAGCAGCAGUGUUUACAGCAAUGUUUUAAAAAUACAUGCAUGCUUCUGCUCUACUAUAAACCUACCUAGGUUUAAAUUUCAACAAAUACCAAGAGAACAACGCGCAUUUGAUAAUACAGGUGGCCCUCGGUUUACAACGGUUCAAUUUACACCGUUUCAGAAUAACAACCUUUUUUCCAGUCAUGUGACUGCUAUUGAAAAGCAUUGAGAAGCAGUGCAUUUAUUAAAAUAGCCAGUAGGUGGAGCUGUCCGCUUGUGUUGCAGCAAAGCCAAGCAAGCUGAAAUUAAUCAGUUUAACCAGACCUGAGCUAUCAAGCAGAUUUUUAAAGGAACAAGAUCUUCCUGUCUAUAAAUCAGUCCAGAUUGGAAUGCAUAGAAAGAACUGUUUGCAGAAAAAUGCAAGUGAAGUCUGUGUUGUGUGAUUAUUUUAUUAGGUUUAUAAUGCUGUUUAGCAUUUAAAGUCUUCAUUUCAAAGCUUUAAAAAUAACGUAUUAGGUAUUACUUAUGACAAGAGGGGCCUGGAACCUAACUCCCUCACUUCCCAUUGACUUACAUUAUAAACUGGGUUUCAAUUUACAACGGUUUCGAUUUACAACCAUUCCUUCUGGAACCUAAUCCCGGCGUAAACUGAGGGCUACCUGUACAAGUAAAUUAAAUAUGAGCGUGCAUUUCAGUUUAGCACUUUACGGCAGCAGGUUUUGUAAUAAUGUUUGUAGCAGUGUUACACAUUGUUGCGAAUACCGACCGCUACAGAAAAGAUCGCUAAAGACACAUGCACACUGCUGAGUUACUAUGAGCCUGCCUAGGUUUACUCUUCGACAACAGAUACAAUGAGAACUAAGAACAUUUGAUAAUAUAAGUAAAUUGGAAAGUAUUUUAAAAUCACAUGCUCUAUCUGAAUCAUAAAACUUUACUUUUGAUUUUACUGUCCCGUUAAAGAAAAACCUAGAGCUAUUUAUUGUUUCAUAGCUGUGAAGAAGAAAUCUCCCCAAAAAAUGUACAAACUAUAUAAUCGCAUUAUUGCUGUUUAAAUGAUAAGCAAAUCACCAAGCUUUAUUAAAGUUCAUAAUACUGCUUAGAUGAUCCUACGUAUAAAUAUACAAAAUGUGUGUAUACUUAAAUAUUUAGUAUAUUGAAUAACUGUACUUGAAAAUAAAGUAUUUUAAUUUGUCGAAGCUAGCAAUAUUGACUCAAGAAUUUUCAGUUGAUAAAAAGGCAGUAAAACCAUAUUUAUGAGGUUACAGUAUUAUCCUAAAACGUCAUUUGCACUUACAAAUCAUGAAGCAAUCCAUUAAUAAAUGUGCCAAUUAUUCUAGCAUUUGUUGUAACUGUCAGUGUAACAUUUCUAACUAUAAAACAUAAAUUCUUUUUCUAAAAAACACAAUAAAAUACAGGUCAGUUUUAACGCUCUUCUAUUUCAGGUAAGCAAACUAGUUUAAAAAAAAAGAAAAUAUAUAUAUAUAUAUAUAUUAGUUAAAUGAUAACCUGUUACAGCUGGUUGUCUGAAAGAAUUGGUUAUACAAAUUAUUGGACACCUUAAAGGCUGUAAGAACUGUGAAUUUUCAUUAUCUACUUUUUAUAUUUGCAUACAGUUUGUAAACACAAAGUUCUGUGAUUUUAGCGCAUUCACAUAACCAAAAAAAUAAAAAACAAACAAAAAAAGAUCACUGGAACUAACCAUUAUGGACUGUGUUGAUAUCACCAUACAUUUUGUUUUGAAAUAUAAUUAAGACAUUUGAAACGUUUUAUAGCAGAGAAUGUAUUUUAAAACUUUUUUAGCAGUGGUUUUCAUUCUUAUUUAAAAGUGGUCUUUCUUUAGAUUGGCGAGUACUACUGGAUAGAGUAAAACGGCCUAUCCCACCAAAUAUGUAGACCUCAUACUGUCGCAACAAUUUUUUUGGGAUGUUUAUUAAAAAAUAAAUAAAAAAUAGUUCAGUUGCUUGUAAAUCAGUUUGUGAUGAAUUUGAACUAACUGUUCAUGUGUACUGUGAUAUGUAACGCGCAUAAUCUUUUUGUCUAGCCAAUAUUCUAAAUUAUGACAUUAAAUUACACUAAAACGAAAACUUUUCAUUCAUGACGAGAAUAAGAUUGUAAAAAUAGAAUUAGUAACUUUUUUGAAUUCCUUAAAUAUCUAAUUUAACAAUACCAGCAAAAUUACAAAUUGAGCACUUUAAGUUAUCUUCACACAGAGAAAUUAUAAACUAGAUUUAGGUUUCAUUUCCCUUUGCAAAACCGUUUUUAUUUUCUAUUUAAAGCAACAUAACAAAUGUGUGUUCCCUGUACUUAACCCUUUUUCUCUGAGAAUUGCCCGCAACAUAUGUUACUGGUAUUUCAGCUAGUUAAGGGGAUAAAUGAUAUAAAUGUGUAUCUGUCUAUUGUACACGGGAUCUACAGAGUUCUGGAGUCUCUGUUCCGUGCAGUCUAAGGAAUUCUAUAAUUAUGAAACUGUUCUGCAUGUCAUCUUAUGUUAAUAUUAUGAGGCUUACAUUCUAAAUAUUGUAUAUUUGCAAAAUAUAUCAGUAUUAUUGUUAAUAUUAGAUGAAGUAAAGUGUUAACAUAUUUAGAUAUGUAGGCUUUUCUUCUUCCUCUAUACCUAUAAUAGAGAUGAAAUGUAAUCUAUUGGUACUUCCAGGAAAAAGUAUUUUUUCAUCUUAAUUAAUCCUUACAAUGUGGCGUUUUCCCAAUAUAUUUUAUUGUUGAAUAUAUCAUUUAUGUGUUUUAUUAUAAACCAAACACUAAAUUAUUUUUACUAUUAUUAGUUAACAAUUAUGAAAAAGUUCUGGUUGUCAUAGUAUUUUAAUAUGUAACACACAGUUUGUACAUCAGCAAAAAGCUACCCCAAAUAUAUUGUGGUACAGUCAGUUACCUAAAGGCUUUAAAGCUAAUGCGUUUAGUAGCCUGGAUUUAAAAGUCCACAAGCUGAAUUACACCAAUAAUUGCAAUGUAAUAUUCAUCAUUUAUUCCUUCCUAUAGCCAAGAGCAGAGGAGACCAGGAGAAAGAAUGUCACCAGGUAUCCCUGGCAACAUCUGCUAAUUUUGUCUAAACAAUUAAAGUUCUAAAUGCUUUGAAAAACAUUUACUUUGUGUGCAUUUGUUUUUGUUAGUUGCUGAUAAAGAGCAUGCAUUCAUAAUCAGAUUGCCUUUAUGCCCCUGUGACUGUUUUUAUAUGCAGUAAAAUUAUUUAUUUCACAACUGUAAAAUAAAAUUGUCUGUAAGCAGUAGUAAUGCUGAUUUGUUUGCUUUUUCAUCAAUGCCUUUAAUGCCUUAAUCUAUGACAAUAUGUCUCUUUACAGCUUCAAGAAGCUUAAUCUGUAAGAUGAGAUUCCUUUCAUACAACUUCUUGUUUCCACUGUCGACCUUAUUUUGCUGGUUUCUGGUCCACUUUGUGUUUAUUGGUGUCUAUCUUUCAGUUUCUACUUUGAGUUGCCUCUACAAAUAUAACAGACGCAUUCCUCUACAAAAUCACCAAUGUUUUAGAAUGAUAUGCUGACUUAUUAAAUAAUAUAGUCUAGAUCACACUCAUACAUACAGUGUACAUCUAAUAAGUCUAGAUCACACUCAUACACGCAGUGUACUUCUAAUAAGUCUAGAUCAUACUCAUACAUACAGUGUACUUCUAAUAAGUCUAGAUCACACUCAUACAUGAGUUGUACGUUUCAUAAGCCUAGAUCACACUGAUUCAUGCAGUGUAUGUUUCAGAAGUCUAGAUCACACUCAUACAUGCAGUGUAUGUUUCAUAUGUCUAGAUCACACUCAUACAUACAGUGUAGGUUUCAUAAGUCUAGAUCACACUCACACAUGCAGUGUAGGAUUCAUAAGUCUAGAUCACACUCACACAUGCAGUGUAGAAUUCAUAAGUCUAGAUCAGUCAUACAUGCAGAGUACAUCAAAUAAGUCUAGAUCACACUCAUACAUGCAGUGUAGGUUUCAUAAGUCUAGAUCACAGUCAUACAUGCAGUGUAGGUUUCAUAAGUCUAGAUCACAGUCAUACAUAAAGUGUAGGUUUCAUAAGUCUAGAUCACAGUCAUUCAUGCAGUGUAGGUUUCAUAAGUCUAGAUCAGUCAUACAUACAGUGUAGGUUUCAUAAGUCUAGAUCACAGUCAUACAUGCAGUGUAGGUUUCAUAAGUCUAGAUCACAGUCAUACAUGCAGAGUACUUCUAAUAAGUCUAGAUCACACGCAUACAUACAGUGUAUGUUUCAUAACACUAAUCUUUGAUCUCAAGCAAAAGAAAAAUGCUCAAAAUAAAUCAUGUAAUUUAAAUAUUAUACUGAAUGUGUUUAAUAAAUAAAAAUACUCUUUCCUGGAA